CUCCUACUCAUCACCACCGACGCCGCCUCAUUGGUGGAUGAUGCGGUUGAUGCGCUCAAUGAGUGUGUCGAGGGGCUGGGUGUAGGGCUCCUCCUGGGGGCUGACGAAGGAGAAGCACUCCUUGGCGAUGUACAGGUCGUUCAGCUCCUCUCUGCUGGCCGUCUUCGCCCGCGCCUCCUCGAUGGCCGCGUUGAUGGCCUGCAUCAUGCCGUUGUGCAUCUGCUGCUCCAUCCGCAGGCCCUCUCCCUCCAGCAGCUUCUUCUUGCCCUCCGUUGACAUGAGCAUGUUCUUGAUCUGCCGCUUCGGCACGGACCACACGCUCACGAAGUUGCCCCGGGGAUGCGCCUUCUGUCCCGCCCAGCCCUUGAAGCGACUGGCCAGCCCCUUAUAGCCGGCCAAGGCGGCGAACGCCACCCCCACUACCACCCCGUAGCUGUCGGUGUCUUGGUUGGAAGUGCUUGUCUCGGGCGAGAGCGAGGCGGUAGUUGAGGGGCACGUAGCUGUCGGGGGUGCCCACCUGGCAGUGCAGCCGCUCCGUCGUAACCUCAUGGAUGCACUCGUGGUCGAUGUGCCGAAUGUCGAGGGCCGGCGCGCUCUCAGCGCUGCCCAAAGUGCCGGUGACCAUGAGGUUGUCUGGGUGCAUGUCGCCAUGGAGCAACCUCAUCCUCCCGCCCUCCCGCCGCCACAAAGUGGGUGCCUUGCAUGGCACUGCUGGCUUCUCGAGGAGCCAUUCGGCACGCAGGGAUGGCGACAGCGGGGCGGCGGGCACCAAUUGGCGGGCACGGCGGUCUCAGGGGACAAGGGCGGGCAGGUCAAGGGCUGCUGCAAGUCCCUCGCGAGAGCGAGAGUGUCGAGCAGCGCCUCAUGAAUGGCGCGACGGUUCUUGGCGGCGAAUGCGGGCAUCAGGGACGGCUUGAGCUUCUUGCCGCCGCCCGGACCGUAGAGACUGGGGGGCUGGAGUGGUGUAGCGGGCUGCAUUGAGCGCCGU